UGGUUUUCGGGAAAAGGGAGGUUGUUUGUCAGGAAGCUGUAGCGAGAUUCUACCGUCUCGAGCUCUUCGAAAUUGACUAAAUAACCUCCGAAAGAAAUCAAGUGCCGUGGGCCCUGGAAGCUUUUGCUGAUGUUAUGUCGUCUAGUUCCCGAUGAGUGAAUCUCAAAAGCUUUAGACGCAGUUAAGUAGCUUUUUUUUUUUUUUUUUUUUUUUUUUUUUUUUUUAAAGUUGGUCGGAGCGUCAAAUGUUUUAAACGAAACGGAAGUAUCCUGCCAGCUGUCUGGCUAAAGCUUGUUGAGUCUGAAUGCCACUUCAUGGGAUGAUGGAGUUGAGCAGGCUACUGUGUGUAAAAAUGAGGACGACCAGCAGCAGCAGGGCUCAACUCACCUCUUCUUCAUCCUCUUGGGGCUUGGAAGUCCAUUUCUACUUACCAGAUGUGCAUCAGCUUGAGUUCUUCAGAGGUUGCUACACUUGCGAGGAUCUCUGCGUGGAGGCUGCGAAGAAAUGCUCAAUUUCUCCACUGUGCCACAAUCUCUUUGCCCUGUACAAUGAUGUGACAGGCACGUGGUGCCCGCCUAACUAUGAAUUCAAGAUCACAGAUGAGACCAACAUUAGGUUACACUAUCGCAUGAGGUUCUUUUUCCGUAAUUGGCACGGCGCCAAUGAAGGUGAAUCUCCAGUCUGGAGACACUGCAUCAGUAGACUUAGAGGAGGCCUGGGCCAGCAGAGAACCCCUGAAGGAGCGCCACUCCUGGAUUCCGCCUCUCUUGAUUACCUUUUUUACCAGGGCCAGCAUGAUUUUCACUCAGGUAUGGUGCUCCUUCGGACAUGCCUGUCCGAGGUCGAGGAACAUGAGAUGGAAAAUGAGUGUCUGGGAAUGGCUGUGCUCGCUAUUACCCACCAUGCCAUGAGCAUGGAAAUGCCCCUGUCUACUGCUUCUCAAGCAUUCAACUACAGACGUUUCAUUCCAGAGGCGUUAGAUGCAAGCAUAAAACAGCGUAACAUUUUGACCCGCAUCCGCAUCAACAAUGUCUUCAAGAAAUUCCUCAGUGAAUUCAACCACCGAACAGUCAAGGGCAGCGACAUCAGUCUGUACGACCUGAAGACUAAGUAUCUGGCUACUCUGGAGGGGCUGACCAAUGGCUUUGGCAGUGAGCUAAUGGAGCCCAUCUCGCUGAGUGUCACGCAAGAAGGAGACGUCGAGAAUGGAGGAAGUUUUGUGUACUACAACCAGAUCCAAGAAAAGAGGCCAAAUCAGAGCAUGGAUACUUGGCAUGAUGUACAAGUAUGUAUGUCUGGUACAACAGGCAUUUCCUGGAGGAAGAAGCCCCCAAUGCUGGGAAUCAAGAAAGAGAAAGGCAGGUCAAAGAAGAACAAGCUCAAUGGACAUCUGAGAAAAAAAGAAGCUGAUGAAGGCUGGGAACGAUUCUGUGACUUCCAUGAGAUCAUGCACGCUGCUAUCAAAGAGGCCACAGUCACAAUUCACAGACAGGAUCACAAGAAAAUGGAGUUGCAAAUGGCAUCUGGGUCUGAGGCUCUGUCUUUUGCAGCCCUCGUGGAUGGGUACUUCAGGCUAACAGUGGAUGCCCACCACUAUCUGUGCAAAGAGGUGGCUCCCUCUUCAGUGGUGCACAACAUCAACAAUGGCUGCCAUGGCCCCAUUUGUACGGAGUAUGCCAUCCAAAAGCUGCGUCAGGAGGGUAAUGAGGAGGGCAUGUACAUUCUACGCUGGAGCUGCACUGACUACCAGUACAUUAUCAUCACAGUGGUGUGCAAUGAGAUUGACCUCCAGGAAUCCCGUCCUGUGAAACAGUACAAAAACUUCCAAAUCGAAGUCACUCCAAAUGAGUUCCGCCUUUACGGCACAGAAACGGCAAGGCCAACUCUGAGGGAGCUAUUAGAGCACCUGGAGGGCCAGAGUCUUCGCUCUGACAAUCUCCAGUUCCAUCUGCUCCGUUGCUGCCCUCCUCAACCUCGAGAGAUUUCCAACUUGCUGGUGGUCACGAAUGAUAGAGCACCAGUAUCUCAGACGCCAAUGCAGGAAUGCCAAGUCAUUAUCCAUCGCAUUCCUAAGGAAGAAAUUGAACAGGAGGAGCAUCUUGGUCGCGGCACAAGAACUAACAUAUUCUCCGGCACGCUGAGGGUAAAAAACGAUGAGGAUGCAGGUUACGGAUCCUUACAAGAGUAUAAGGUGGUGCUCAAAGUGCUGGGCUCAGGACACCGAGAUAUUUCCCUGGCCUUCUUUGAAACCGCAAGUAUGAUGCGGCAAGUCUCCCAUAAGCACAUUGUGCUCCUGUAUGGAGUGUGUGUCCGCCACCUGGAGAAUAUCAUCGUGGAAGAAUUUGUGAAACUCGGGCCACUGGAUUUGUUCAUGAGGAGACAACAGAACCCGCUUAGCACUGCUUGGAAGUUCCAGGUGGCCAAGCAGUUGGCCUCAGCUCUCAGCUAUUUGGAGGACAAAAGGUUGGUCCAUGGUUUUGUGUGCGCGAAGAACAUUUUGCUAGCUCGAGGGGGUCUGGAUGAUGAUGAAGGAGGGCCCUUUAUCAAGCUCAGUGACUCAGGAAUACCAAUCACUGUCCUCACAAGAGAGGAGUGCGUACAUCGCAUACCCUGGAUCGCACCCGAGUGCGUGAAGAGUGUGUCUUCCCUGAGUGUUGCAGCUGACAAGUGGGGCUUUGGUACCACCCUGUGGGAGAUUUGCUAUGAUGGAGAAGAGCCACUUAAAGAAAAGAAGCUCACAGAGAAGGAGAGGUUUUAUGAAACCAAGUGCCAGCUCGCGACCCCUGACUACAGAGAGUUAGCUGAACUGAUGAUCCACUGCAUGAACUAUGACCCAAAGAAGAGACCUUUCUUCAGGGCCAUAGUCCGAGACAUUGACAAACUGGAAGAAAAAAAUCCAUCGAUCAAACCACAGCCUUCGACCGAAGUGGACCCAACUGUGUUUGAAAAGAGAUUUCUGAAGCUUCACAGAGAUCUGGGACAGGGUCAUUUUGGAAAAGUGGAGCUGUGUCGUUAUGAUCCCCGAGGAGAUGGAACUGGCGAAUUAGUGGCGGUGAAGUCGCUUAAGCCUGAGAACGGACAACAGAAGGGCAACAAUCUCUCCAGCGAAAUUAAUAUACUGAAGGCUCUCUACCAUGAAAACAUUGUCAAGUACAAAGGCAUCUGCCUGGAAGAGGGUGGUCGGGCCACCAAGUUGAUCAUGGAAUUCCUUCCUCUGGGAAGUUUGAAAGAUUACCUGCCUAACCCCAAAAGCAAGAUCACUCUCAGCACUCUGCUCAGCUACGCCACUCAAAUAUGCCGGGGAAUGGACUAUCUGGGAUCUCAAAAUUACAUCCACCGUGACCUGGCCGCCCGAAACGUACUGGUGGAGAACGAGCGGACGGUGAAGAUCGGCGACUUUGGCCUGACCAAAAGCAUUAAGGACAACGAAGUCUAUUACACAGUCAAGGAUGACAUUGACAGCCCUAUUUACUGGUACGCUCCAGAGUGCCUGACUCACUGCAAGUUCUACCUUGCCUCGGAUGUUUGGUCUUUUGGGGUGACCAUGUAUGAGCUCAUCACCUACUGUGACCCCACCAAGGUCCCCAUGCAGCUCUUCUCCAAGAUGAUCGGUUCAUACCAUGGUCAGAUGAUCAUUGUUCGUUUGGUCCAAGUGCUGGAGGAGGGCAAGAGGUUACCACGACCUGAUGGUUGCCCUGAACCUGUUUAUGAGCUGAUGCGCAAGUGCUGGGAGCACGCCCCCGAGAAGAGGAUCACCUUCAAGCAGCUCAUCGACGAGCUGAGCGCCAUGCAGCAGCUGGGCUCUCCCGAAUGAAACUUCAGCCCGCAUCAGCACUUUGGUUGUACUCUGGACGCCACGCCACGCCACACAGCUUGCUACUAAUCAGUAUGAUCGAACCGCUGUAACAUACCGUGUGCUCUACUCCCUCCCGUAUGUGCCAAUUGGCGGCGGCUAAACAAUCUCAUCGCAAGACCCAAAGCAUCAGAGCGCUCGCGACACCCUUGGUGGUUGGAUGAAUGCUUUUAUUUUAGUUAAAUCCUGAGUGUCACCUCUUUCUCGGAGGGAGUGCCCUGAGCCAUGGAUCAUGCGUGACACAUUGGCUGGUGGAGCAUUUCCAGUUCCGACCAGCCCUCAUUUGCGUACGACAAAGGAAAAAAAAAAAACUCACCACUGAUUUGUCCUUUCAAAAACGAUGCACCAGAGCUAAGAAUGUCGUCUUCAGCUGAUUGAUAUCUCAUUGAUCCUGCAGGCAGAUUGGUCGCACUUCAGUAUAUUCUCCUUUGCUAGCGUCACAUUUGACAAAGUUAUUUUUCCAGAAAAUAUAUUUAAAAAAGAAAAAAAAGUAUAGAUGUUGCAAGACUGAUAGUCGCACCUUACUAUUUAGUUAUUUUACAGGGCAUUCUCAGUUCAAAUGUAUUUUAAACAAUUGUUUUACAUUUAUGUCUAUUUUCAUUUUAUCUGUACCAUUUCACUCUAUGUGGAGGCUUUCAGCAAAGCUUUUACCAUUUUAAUGUGACAAAGAAAAAGGAAACAUUCGAGUCCACAUUUUAAUUAGGGAAUGUAAAAGACAAUUCCUCUUGAAAGAAA